AUGCAAUAAUAUUAGGAAUUAAGUUUUGGGCAAGUAUUGUCAAUCGAGAUUGCUAAGAUUGGAGAUAAUAAAAAUAUGUUUGGGACAAAAGCAUUAAUCUUAAUACUUAUAUCAUUAAUGAGCUUUAGUUUAAAAUAAGAAUAAAACCAAGGUUAUGAAUAUUUUAUUAAUGUAAUAUUUGAAGUUAUUCUAGUUUUUAAGUAUAUUCACAAGACCACCAUAUAUAUUGUUUAUACCAAUAUGUAUCUUAAUGUUGAUUCUAUACUUCUUUUUUUAUGGUUGUCUUCUUUUGAUUUCGUACUUGCAAUAUCAGAGUUAGAAUAAAAUAACUAUGUCUAAAAAUAAUUUUAAGAGAUUACAUAUAUUGAUGUUGUUGGGAAUUGAAUGUGCAGUGUGGCUUAGCUGUCCAAUUGUAGAUACUUGAUUAAAUUCUAGUUAUCUAUCAACUUGGGGAUGUUCAAUAAGCAAAGUAGUUCCUGGAGUACAAUCCCAAUUAUAAACAUAUUUUUGCACUCUAUUAUUGUGUUAAGUUACUUCUAUUUCUAUCGUAGUUAUCAAUUCAAUUAAUUAGGAUUGUAUAGAACUUUCAAUCUAGCAUCUUAUUGUUACUAUUUGAUUGUGAUAUUUAUAGUAGCUAUAGAUUGGAAUACAAAAUUGCAGAUACAGCCAUAUAUUUUAUGGUUGCUCAGCAUUUUCAAAUUGAUAGACAUAAUAUUGUUCUUGCCAUAUAAGAUAACAUUUGAAAAUAAAAUAUAUAAGUUUGGAUCUACAGGAUUAUUCAUUGUAUCCUUAUUGGGUUCUGAUAAUAAAUUACAGAAUUCAUAAAUGGAGAUAACAUCUUUGAGACUUUACUCUUGGCAUUUCCUAUAUUCUUUUAUUUAUUUAAAUAGCUUUAAGGAUGGAAAUGGAAGAAUUUAAUAUUAUACAUGAGGAGUGGAUCAAUGAAAUAGAUGGACAUAAAGAAAAUGUGUUCAUCUUUGGAAGCACUUGUAUGGUAUAUAGAAUAGGCAAGAAUGGAUUCAUAUAUAUUUAUGCUUUCACUUUUUGUGUUAAAAUAUCAUACUUAAAAUUGUAAUGAUUCUAAUUGUGAAUGUAAAGAAGAUUUAUCUAGAUCUAAUACUUAAAAUGGAGAAAGUAUGACUCAUAGAUCAUCAUUCCAAUCUAAAACAGCUUUAUUGAGUAAUGGAGAUAAAAAUAGUAAUCAAUAUAAUAUUUCUCAAAAUUUGGAUGUGAGUUAAUUUCAGAACACUAUCAAAGAUGGAAGUCAUAAAAAUGAUUCAUUUGUUGGUGGAGUUCAUCCAUAAUAUGAAUAAUAAACGUUAAGGCCAUCUAAAGCUAUUCUAUUUUAACCAAUGAAAUUCAUCUAGAAUAAUAUAAUCAAUGAAGAUCUCAUUUCAUAAUAUGUCAAAAUAUAGUUUCAUUAAACUAUUUAAUAAUUGUCAUUUUCUUUACAUUUAGACGAAGUUGAAUAUUUAUCAUUAAAGUACAUUUCUUUUAUGUUCUCCUUCAAGAAAAAUAGUCUAUCAUCUCUCACAAAACUCAAACAAAUUUAAAGUAGAACUAUUCAAUUUUCUUACUUCUUUCAAAAUGUUACCAAAGUAACAGAAUCAUAAUUUAUUGAUGCACUUAAAUUGAAACACUUUGAUGAUAAAAAUACAUAUGAUGAUCUUGUAAAAAUGAAUGUAACUGAAAUAUCGCGAUUAGAGAUGGUAAAAGAUGAUUUUGUUAAGAGUAUUGUAUCUGUCUUAAGAAAAAAGAUAACAUUAUGGGAAAAUUUAUGUUCUGGUGAUAUUUAAAAUAUGAAUCGAUUUUUAGAGGAUAUUAUCAAAAUUUUACUUCAAAUUGAAUAGAUUGAUAUGUUAGGAUAUGAAAAUUAUGAAGAUAUGAUUCAAAAUCUACGUAUUAGAGGAUUACAAUCAUUUCAUUAAAGUUAGAAUUUAGAUAAAUUAUAAAUAUCAAGUAUCAUGCCACCAUAUUUGACAGCAUCUCACAAUUAUUUCAUUUCUAGAUUUAUUCAUAGGGGAUAUACAUAUUAUUAUGAUAAACCAAUCAAUUCUUAUGCAUGUGAUGCAUAAGGUUUUGUGUUUCCAAUCAAUAUUAAUUUAUCUUUUAAUUUUUAAAAUCUAUCUGAUUUUACACUAUUAGGAUCUAUUUUGAAAAUUAAAGAUGAUGAUGAAUGGCGUCUAAUUUUAGGUUUUUCUAUGCAUACAUUUAAUAAAUUGAUAUUGAAAGGAGCUUUAGAUGAAUUUGGAAUGGUAUAAUAUAAAUCUAUUAAUUAAAAACUUGAAAAACUAGGUCAUCUUAAAAAUGCUAUAUUGCAUAAGAUAGCCAAAGAUGAUAAUGCUAAAUUAUUUAAGAAAACUAACACUAUGCAUUAAAAAUAAAAUACUUCAAAAAGUUAAAUAAAAAGAACAUAUCAAAAACAAUCUGACAUUUUGUUAUAAUUUGGUAACAUUUAACACUUUUUACCAUUAAUUGGAAAAUCAAUUACAGAUUUACUUUCUAAAGAUAUCUUUAAAAAAUUAUAAAAAGAAUCCUAAGAAUAAUUUAAUAAAUUAACAGACAAUCAAAAAGCUUAAGAUUUCUAACAAUAAAAUAAUAAUAAGUUUUUUGAAAAAUAGGCUAGUAAUUUAUUCUAAAGACAAAUAAGUUAAUUUAUUGAUCGUUAAUAGAGCUUAAAUUAAGGUGGAUUAUCUAGUUCUAUGUUAGAUAAAGAUCAAUAUAGAAAUGUUAUUAUGAAUAAUUUUAUUGAUGAAAAAGAAUAUGUCUUUAUUGUAGGAUGAAAGAUUGGUUCUUUAUGUACCUAGAAAUUAUAAUGAAUUAAUUGAAUAUUUUAAUGAUGCUGGAGAGAGAUUAAUGGAAAGUAAAAAUGAUAUGGAAACUAAAUCUAUACGUAGAUAAUAAAUGUAGAAUAAAUAUUCAUAUAUUAAAUAAUAAUAGAAUUGUUAUCAUUUAUUUGAUACAGAAUUCUAAGAUUUUAUAGAUAACAAAGUGAGAAAAUAUUAUUCUAAAGCUUUAUUAAAAGAAGCAUUAGAAUCUCAUGAUUUUAAACUCUUAUAGCAAGUAAGAUACAAGUGUGUUUCAUCUAUUGAUGUAGGAGUUGGAGGAGUAAGUGACAAAGAUUAAUUCUUAUAUUUUGUGUGCAAAUUAUCAUCAUUAAAUCUAUAAAAAGCAAAAAGAAAGGAUGUUUUAAAAAUUCAUAUGAAAAAAGAAAAAAAUUAAUAAUUUGAUGGAGGUGAAGAAUUAAGGAAAAGUUUGAUUUAAUAGGUUUCUUCUAUGGAUUCAUUUGAUAAAGAAAAACCUAAAAGAUCUUUAUCCAUUUAAGAAAGUUUUGGUCCUUCUCAAUAAUAAUAAAUUAAAUAUAAGGGAUAGAUUGAUUAACCAAUUAUUGUCACUUUGGCUAUUCCAGAUAACAGAACAUAUUUAUCUUCACUUAAUAGAGAUGAUGGACCAAAUAUGAAAGUCAAUUUUGAAGCUGAAAAUUAAAAAUUAAAUGAAUCCUCUUUUGAUAUAAUAUGA